CAAAGGUAAGUAAAAAAGGAUUAAUGUUAAAAAGAAAAACUGUUCAAGAAUGUUAAUUUAACAUCAAAAUUCGUUUAAAAUUAUAAUUUAUAUUUUUAAUUUUUUAAUAUUAAAUUUUUAAAAAUUAUAAUAUGUAAUAGUUAAUGUACAAAGGUGUCGAGGAUACCGAGUACAAAUUUUGUUUACAAAUGGCUGACAUUCGUUUAUCGUAGUACCUUUUUAUUAUAAAAAUGUCAAAUCAAAUGGAAUAUAUAAUUUCGCCGUGGGAAAUCGAAUCAUAUAUACAAUAUUUAAAAAUUUCAGAACUUGAAGAUAUUGGAACGAAAGAAUGGUUUGAAUUUCAUAAAAAGUUAAUAUUAUUAAACCAACAAAGCGUAUUAGAAAUUAAUGCCUUGCGAGAAGAAAGUACUAAAGAAUGGUUUGUUUCUUUUAAAAAGAUUCCUAUUCUUAUAUAUGAAGCUAUACAAAUUGACAUAUGGAAGCAUAAAGUAUUUCCACUUCUAAUAGAAAUAAACGAAGAACCAAAAAAUACUUUUAUGCUUUAUACUGUAUUUUAUCACGAAGAUAUUGCCGUUUCAUUAUUGGAAAACGUGUUAUUUCAUUGUGAAAGUGCAGAAACUAUAAAUGAUUCUGCUCUUGACCUCGUCGAUUAUGCUGUUAAAAAUGUUUCUUUACUUCUCGAUAUGCCUAAUAUCGAAAUUUAUGAAAAUGUAAAAGAUCCAAACUCAUGUCUUGAAGAAAUACUUGAAAAAAAAAAAGAAUUUGAAUUUGAUAUCGGCAUACGUUGCAUUUCAAUACUUCGUUACUUGGCAGAAUACGCAGAUAAUUUACCAUUGUAUGUAUUAUCACGAUUAUUGGCUACACACGAUGUACCCUAUUUACUUGCUGAACUUAUUGAAAGACAUCCGUGGAAAAAAGAAAAUGCGGAAGGAGAAAAUGUGAUAUAUAAUAGUGGUUGGAGAAAAGUAAAAUCAAGCGAAGAAGGGAAAAUUUCUAAGAUAGAAGCACAAACUUGGCUUGGUUUAAGGGAAUUACUGCUCAAUUCAAAAAGUGCAUCCUACUAUGAAAUUACUGAACAUAGAUUUUCUCAAUUGUUAAAAUUACAGAAAUAUUUACACGAAUGUGUAUUGGAUCAAAUUUCUCCUUUAAUAGAUUUAAAAAGAUGGUUAAAUUAUUUAAGUGUAUCGUCAUCUAAUGCUAGUGCACCACAAGCUGUAAAUGUGGAACUUUUACCACAGAUAAAAUCAUCAAUAAUGGAAAAAUACCAUAAAAAAUGGAAAAAGUUAGCAAAACAUCAGUCAAAAUUUAUAUACAGUACAGAUGCUGAUUACAUUAAAAACACUGCUCAAAUUCUAAGUGAUGCAUAUGAUUUAGAGAAAUUGGAUUGCGUUGACAUUAAAGAAUGUUUUUUAUGUCAUGAAGAGGCAAAAAAACGUUGUUCUAAAUGUAAAGAAGCUUGGUACUGUGGAAGGUAUAUAUGUUUUCUCAUAUAUUUAUAAAGCAUUAUUAUCUUUUUUUUUAAAUAAUAAAUACUCAAUUAUUACAGAGAAUGUCAAGUAAAAGAUUGGGUAAAACAUAAGAAUAUCUGUGAGAAAAUAAUAAAAAAUGUAGAAUGUGAAUAGAAAAAUUUAAAUUCUUUUAUGAGGAAAAACGUUUCACUUUCUUAUAGUGUUGUCUUCAGUGUUUGUCAAAUUAAAAAUAUAAAGAAAUGAAUAAAUCAUACAUACAAACUUAUAUCCAAUAUUUUAUUAAAUCUUAGUGUACAGAACUUUGUUUCACAUAUUCCAUUACAACAUCUUUUGCAGGAGUAUCUUCCCCAAAGUCCUGAAAAUAAAUAG